AUGGCUGACAGGUUAAAAUUGGAAAUGGGCUGCCCUGCCUAUAUCGAGGGUGUUGGUACUUCGUAUGGAUACGUGCCCUCGCUGGGGGCGGGAAUUGCCUAUUGCACACUAUUUGGUCUCUCGAUGAUUCUCCAUACGGUUCAGUUUACCUGGAAGCGGCAAUGGUGGGCAAGCGUGUUCAGUGUCGGAUGCCUGGUCGAACUAAUUGGAUGGGCUGGUCGAACGUGGUCAGCCAAAUGUCCUUAUAACUCAACUGCAUUUCUCAUGCAAAUCUCCACUCUCAUCAUCGCCCCAACCUUCUUCACGGCAGGAAUCUACGUCCUUCUCGGCCGCUUUAUCCAACUCCUAGGUCGCGAAUCAUCGUUCCUAAAACCAAGUUUAUACCUCUGGAUUUUCUGCACUUGCGACGUAAUCUCACUCGUCGUCCAGGCCAUCGGCGGCGGCAUGGCCUCAUCGGAGGCUGGCAAGAUCGGCGGUGACACCGCGACAGGCACACAUAUCAUGGUUGCUGGCAUUGUAUUCCAGCUAUUUUCAAUCACCAUCUUCGUUGUUUGUGCCGCCGACUUUAUCCGUCGGACGAUGCGUCGCCGUCUAAUGCAGUCGCUGGAUGGGUCCGUUACUCCGCUCUUUGGGGCCAUGGUGCUUUCUAUCGUCUGUAUCUAUAUUCGAAGCAUCUACCGUACGAUUGAGUUGUCGCAGGGUUGGUCGGGUUACCUCAUUACACACGAAUCUUACUUUAUUGCGCUCGAUGGGGCUAUGAUGAUUGUCUCGGUGGCCAUCUUCAACCUGCUUCAUCCUGGAUGGCUCUUGCCAAGUACAAAGGCGUUCUCGAUGAAAGGGGAGAGAACUUCGACUGAUGGGCUAGAGAUGAAUCGGGGUCCUCCUCUUCAUUGGUGA